AUGGACGCGCUGCCUCUCCUCCUCAUCCGCAUACGGCGGACGACACUUACUGCUCUCACCUCCCUAGCCUCUGCAAACAGGCUGGCAACAUAUGGUCUACUCUCUCUCUUGCUUGCUCUUUCUGCGGUCGCACAUGCAUGGAGACAGUAUGCCAACUUUUACAGUGCAGCUGUGUUCCUUAGCCGGAGUGCGGGGAGUGUCUUGGCACUGGCGAACUUGGGGUUCUUUUGCACUCUAGUGUUUGGGAGGGUGAUGCAGACUAUAUUCUUCGGUCCUCUCCGACCGUCAGAAGUUGAGAGAUUGUACGACCGCAUCUGGUACUUCCUCACCGAGUCCCUGCUAGCUUUUACAAUCUUCAGGGACUCGUUCGACCCACCUUUCGUGCUCUCCUUCGGCCUUCUCCUCUUCCUCAAGUCCUUCCAUUGGCUCUUACAAGAUAGGGUGGAAUGGAUGGAUCAGGUGCCGUAUCCUGGACCAGGGUGGGGAUUCCAUGUCCGCGUGGGGGUAUUGUUUGGCUUGCUGGGGAGCGCGGAUGUGGUGUUGUUGAGUUGGGCGGUGGCGGAGGUGUUGGAGGAGGGCGUGGGUGGGGUAGUCCUCUUUGGGAAUGAGUACGCGAUCCUUAUCGCCACCCUCCUAAACCUCAUCCUCCGCUACUCGAUCGUCACGUACGACAUUCGCCGUGCCUCUCGCCGAGGGGGGGAGAACGCCCCUCCCUGGCAGGACAAGUCCAUGUGGAUAUUCUACACCGAGCUCUUAACCGAUUUCCUAAAACUCCUCACCUACCUCCUCUUCUUCCUCCUAAUCCUAACGACCCACGGUCUCCCCCUCAACAUAAUCCGCGAAGUGUACCUCACCGCGCGCUCCUUCGUCACCCGUGUGCGUGACCUCAUCCGCUAUAGGUCCGCGACGAGGGACAUGGACGCCCGUUUUCCGGACGCGACGGAUGCCCAGCUUGGAGGGGAUAGAGUGUGCAUCAUUUGUCGGGAUGAGAUGCAUGCGAGGGCUGCUCCUGCCAUUCCUGCCCAGCCCGCGCAACAAGCACCCGCCGCACAUCAGGCACAAGACGGGCCGAACAUGACCCCCAAGACUCUCCCCUGCGGGCAUAUAUUCCACUUCCAAUGUCUGAGGAGCUGGCUCGAGAGGCAACAGAGCUGUCCGACUUGGUACGUUCUCUUUUCCGUUUUUUGUACGUGA